GAAGCAGAGUUCCUCGGGCAGGCCGAGCUCACGUCGGUCUUUGCUAAAUUUGGAAGCCGUGGCAGGCGGGCAGCGCCCGCCCCCGCAGCGCCAGGAGGAUGCGGAUGUGGGAAGCCACCGACACCUUCAGCCGCAUUUAGCUGCUGCUUCCUCCGGCAGGAGCCCGAGGGCGGACCGGGCGUCUCCCGAGCUCCGCGGAGCGCGGCGCUCGCCCAGCAGCAGCUCCGGCUCCGGGACUGGCGGUGCCAGCAGCUCCGAGCUGGGGGUUCUGCCCCAAUCCCCUCCUGUGCCCAGCGCUGGGGCUCCCGCGGGCUCCCGGUGCCUUUGUGCUCUCCCAGGCUCAUCCCGAGCCCCAUCUCCAGCCCAGCUGAGCCAAGCGUGUUCCCAUUCCGCGCAGGCACCGUCCCGGCUGCGAGGCCAUGCCCGAGCGCCGUGAGGAGCUCUGCGCUCUUCCCCCGCCAGCUGCAGCCCCAGCCCGGCCAUGGACAGCUCAGAGCUGGAGUCGGACAUCCUGCGGCGGGUGCGGGCGCUGCUGCGGGAGCUGGACGGGCACCACCCCUCCUGCCAGAGCGACCGAGGAAUGCUGCGGUGGACCCUGCACAAGAGAAUCGACCAGAAUCCCAGAACCAGCGGUGUCCUGGCCAGGAUCCUGGUGAAGGAGCUGGAGAGGGCCGAGCGAGGGGACCUGCGGCACUACAUCAUCCCCCUGCUGCACACGCUGAUGUACACCUUGAUCCAGGCUCCCUGCAUCCCUGACGAGCUCUGUGCCAGGGUUUAUGACUUCUGCAAGAGGCUGCUGACCCUGCCCAAGCCCUUCUGCACCAUCGGCCUGGACUACGCCAGCAGGCUGCAGGUGGAGAGGACAGCCCCAGGGACCCUGUACCAAAGGAUGGUCAUUUCCGAGCAGAGCCUGCGCAGCGCCCCCUUCCCCUUCCAGGAGAGGAUUUUCAUCUUUGCUGACCCCGAGCUGCUGCCCGAAGCCAUCUGCAAGGCGCUGGCCACCGACACCGAGGCGGCCCAGGUGUCCCAGAGCCCCCGGGGCUGCAUGAGCUGCGUGGUCACCCACGCCCUGCAGGCGGCCCUGGGCGACACCUGCGACAUCCACGGCCUCAGGGCGCGACUCCAGGCCUUGCCCCCGGGGGACGUGGAGCACUGGUUCCAGCAGGUGGUGGCGGCCGUGGAGGGCGCGGGCAGCGAGGGGGGCUCGGGCCGAGGCCAGCACACGGCGCGGCUGGAGAGGAUCUACCACGGCCUCCUGGGCUCCUUGCCCGCAGGGAAUGCUCCCCAGGAAGGGCUGCAGGGGACCCCUCUGCCCAACCCCAACAUCAGCUUCCACCUGUGGACAGAAGAUGAGCAGCUCUGGAAGGAGCUGGUGCUGUUCCUGCGCCCGCUGUCGCAGAGCUGCGAGCCCGAGGGCCUGGGGCAGGAGCUGGAGCCCGUGGAGAUGCCGGACAUGCUGGCGGGCUGCGGCUGCUGCGGGCAGAGCCGCUUCUCCGUGCUGUCCACCGACAGCGGCAUCGAGCGGGACCUGCCCGCGCAGGAGGAGCCCUGCGCGCCCUGCGCCGCGGCCGCCGAGCGCUCCCGGCUCCACAGGAAGGGCGGCAUCAAGAAAAAGCCGUCCCCGCUGGACAGCGUGGCCUUCCUGCAGGCCGGCAGCGCUGUGCCCGGGGGGAAGCCCCCCGGGAAGAUGCCCAGCAGGGCAGGGAUGCCCCCCGAGCCCGCGGCCCCGCUCCGGAGGCUGCACACCGCCCGCGUGGUGCUGCUGGGGGACGAUCGCAUCCUGGGCCGCCUGGCACAAGCCUUCCACUCCCUCAGGAAGCGGGAAGCCCGCCGAGUGUUCCUGACGCCCAGGCUGGACCUGCAGUUCUACCACAUCCCCGUGGUGCCGGGGCAGGCUCAGCCCUCGGCCGCUGCCGACCACGCUGGCCCCGAGGAGCUGUGCGAGGUGGCCAGGUACCUGGGCAGGGCUGACCCCUGGUACGAGAGCAACAUCAACACCCUGUGCCACAUGAUCCCCAAGCUGGCCACCAUGCCGUCGUCACCGAGCAGGGCCCUGGUGACCGACCUGUUCCUCACCGAUGUCAUCGCCUACUACGCCCGCAUGGGCACCCAGCCCGUCUGCUUCCAGGUGCACUCUGUCAAGGUCCUGUUCCAGGACCCGGCGCAGGACCCAGCUGAGGACGUGUUCCUCACGGAGCUGCUGACCCAGGUGCAGGAGAGCCCCUCGCACAGAGAGCUGAGCACGACCAAGAGGAAAAGCACCCUGGAUGGGCCUGGCAUGGAUCUCACCGUGACCUACAGGAGGGUCGUGCUGAGUGACCGGCACAAGGAGCUGGCCCUGUCCCUGCGCUCCACGGGCCUGCUGAUGAAAGCCAUCCCAGCUGAGGAGGCUGAAGACCUGGGCUGCCUGAGCGUGACCAUCACCGAGAUCAUCAGGACCAGCAACUUGGCAGGCCGCUCGUUCUCAGCUGUGGCAAACAGGUUCAGAACACGGAAUAUCAAGAUCAGGAGCCCAGAGCAGAGACCCUUCACGGUGCGGCUGGACAAGGACGGCAGGAGAACCUACAGGGACGUGAUCGGCCUGGAGGUGUCUCCCUGCCUCGAGCCCAGCUACUGCCUGCAGAAGACGAGGACCACGAAAUUCAGCCCUCAGGAAACAGAAGACGUGGGGCUUGUGAAAUACCUGCCCAAGUCUCUGCUGCUGCCCAUCAACACUUUCGCAGGAGUCAUCCCGUGAAGGAGACGGGAAAAGGUGCUGUGAGUUAUGACGUGGGGUCAGCACAGAGGACGUGGGGAAAGAAAAUGCACUAAAAGCCACCAGUGGUGACUUUAAAUGGUAAUGGUGUGAAGAGCUGCCCCAGCAGAGGUGGACACGCUUGGAGGGCACAGCAGGUGACAGUGUGACAAUGGCCCCAGGCCCCUGCCAAGGGCACGGCCAUGCUGCAGGACUGAGCUUUCACCUUUUGCACAAGUCAGGGAAAGGCUCUGAGCUCCUCCGUUGAGGAGGAGUGAGGAAGGCCCGCGGGAGGAGGCGCUGGCUGUCCUGCGGAGCCGCUGGCAGCAGCAGUGAUUCUUUUGGAGAUGUCUCACAGCCCAGCAGGGGUCAGCUCUUCACCUCACAAGCCAAACGCUGUUAGUGCUCCCGGGUGCCGGACUUGGGCAGCAAACAUCGCGUCCCUGAAGGAAGCUGAGGGAGCUCUCAGGCGUCUCAGGAGACCCCUCACAAGCAGCUGCUCUUGUUGGGAUUGUGCGGGCUUUAAGGGGCGACCAGUGGCUCUGCGCCCCUCUGCCUCUUCGGGGCUUCCCUGUGCGGUUUGCACACACAAAGAAAAGGCUCAGAAAGCCAAAAGGCGUGGAGCUGGGCUGGAGGGUGGGCUGGUGUCCAGAAGUCGUUCUGUACAGCUGUAAAUUGUGUAGAUGGAGGAUAAAUUAUUUGUACAGGUGUCAUGGACGACUUGUACCGGAGGGUGCAAUCCUUUCAGUGCCAAUUGAAAGAACUGAAGCUGCCA